GUCAUACCGAUGACGUGUGGACCGCCGUACCCCACCCAAGGCAACCGUGUUGGUACGCGGUUGCCUGGCAACCGCAGUUAGCAAAGAAUUGCUCGAUUGUGAAGCUAGUGGCGUGGAGUUAUUUGGGCCUAUUUAGAAAUUGAAGGUAUCGUUUUUUUAAUAACCAAACCAACACAGUGACUGACAGCUAUAAAGAUUACUCAUAAGAAAUAUUUUGAUAAAGAGUAAAGCGGGAUCGACUGUCGUGUUGCUUACGCUAGUUGCGUGAGCUCAGGUAACUUUAUAUAUCGAUGUGGCGCACGGAUUUAAACUAUUGAAUAAUGCAACAGACCAAGAAGGCAGCGCCAAACAGCGGUACUGCUGUGUGAGCAGUUGGAUUAGCGUCACUCCUACACUACAACAGCUAGUUACGGUGCGACGUAACGGAAAAGAAAGACUUCUGUUGGCGUCCGCGAUGCCUGUGAGAGACGCCACCUACAACACCUCAAAUGUGGCCAAAUCACCAUCCUUAGCCGUCUCCGCUAUCAGGUAUUGGAGGGAUUCCCACCAUUUGGACAAAUUAGCCAUUGGUGACUCUAAAACAAAGGAGGAUGGGGUGGAAACAGCAGAGAGGAGGCAGUUGUCCAUAAACCUAAACCAGACACUGCGGACCAGGCAGCUCCUCAUAGGCUUUGAUGGGGACAAGCCCAUGUUGAGUCUCAGGGCACCGCAGGACCUGGUUAACUUCCCAUCCAUCUCAUGUGCCCGUUGGCCGACAGAGUGUGAGGUCAUCGACGACAUUAUCCAUCACAUAGAGUGGGAGCCCUCUGACCCAGAGCCAUUCUAUCAGCCCACAGGAUAUGAGAAGACACCAGUGCCAGUUGGAGAGGACAGAGGGAAAGUGGUGUACUGUAUUGAUCAUGCCACUAAGCGCCCCUUUUUCACCUGUUCUCGUGUUGGUGGAAGCAGAGGCCCCUUGAAGAGUGCCAUUUAUGACAUGAAUCAGACAGACUCCACCCUCACUUUUGAGUCACGCUUUGAGAGUGGGAACCUGCAGAAGGCAGUACAAGUGGGAGUCUAUGACUAUGAGCUCACCCUGCGUACAGACCUGUACACAACAAAGCACACGCAGUGGUUCUACUUCAGAGUCAGAAACAUGAAGGCUGGCGUGACUUAUCGCUUCACUAUAACCAACCUGAUGAAGAGCAGCAGCCUGUACUCUCAGGGCAUGAGGCCACUCGUGUACUCGGAGAGGGCUGCCAGGGAGAAGGAUGUUGGCUGGUACCGCACUGGUUCUAAUAUUAAACACUAUCGUAACUGUAAUGAGUCUGCAAAGGACAACGAUGACACGGUCCCCCUGUUUGCCCUCACCUGGACCCUUGAGUUCCCCUAUGACUCAGACACUUGCUACCUGGCCCACUGCUACCCCUACACUUACUCACACCUGCAGCAAUACCUCAUGCGGAUUUCAUCCAACCCAGUAGUUUCAUCGUACUGUAAAGUGCGGGUGCUCUGCCACAGUCUCGCCGGGAACGCUGUUUACAUGGUGACAAUAACGUCUCAGCGUGCUGGCAGGGUUGACGGCUGUACCAAAAAGGCCGUGGUGGUGACAGCUCGAGUGCACCCUGGGGAAACCAAUGGCUCCUGGAUGAUGGAAGGGUUCCUGGACUUUUUGCUUGGGGACUCAGAAGAUGCUCAGCUCCUCCGAGAUACUUUUAUUUUCAAGGUGGUACCAAUGCUAAAUCCAGAUGGCGUGGUGGUGGGCAAUUAUCGAUGCUCUCUGGCAGGCAGGGACCUUAACAGAAAUUACAAGACAUUGCUGAGGGAUUCCUUUCCCUGUGUGUGGCACACCCGAAGCAUGGUGGAGAGACUGAUGGCUGAGACAGAUGUCAUCCUUUACUGCGACUUUCAUGGCCACAGCCGCAAAAAUAAUGUCUUCAUGUAUGGAUGUAACAACCGAGGUGAUGCGUCACUGAAGCUUCAGGAGAGAAUCUUUCCCCUAAUGAUGAGCAAGAACACUAGUAACAAGUUCUCUUUUAAGAGCUGUAAGUUCCGGACACAGAGGAGCAAGGAGGGAACAGGCCGAAUCGCCAUGUGGAGACUUGGCAUCAGUAACAGCUACACAAUGGAGGCAACCUUUGGAGGAUCCACUCUGGGUGACAGGAAAGGAACACAUUUUACUACUCGAGAUCUGAAGUCCCUGGGCUUUUACUUUUGUGACACUCUGCUGGACUAUUGUGACCCGGAUCAAACAAAGAUCACUUACUGUCUGACGGAGCUGGCAGUGUUGAUAACAAAAGAAGUCAGAGACAGACUUGGCAAAACUGACUGUAAUUUCUCUGUCUCUGACUUGGAAACCAGCACCAGUGGAUCAAAUAGUUCAGACUCAGAUGGACUCCCGGUCCAUUUACUGAAUCAGUCAGCAACUUCCCAGUCAAAGCAAACUCCACUGAAGAAGAAGAAGAAACGCUUAAGGAGUCGCAAAGAGAGGAACAGGCUGCGUCCAGACAGAGUGAAGAACAACACACACCAGAAGGACGUCCAAAUUACCCUCAACAACAUUGAGUCUGGCCUCGCAUGUGAAAACUCAGUCAAGGAGAGCCUCCCAGAGAAGCCCGUUGGAAGACACAGGAAAAAAUGGCAGGUAAAUGGUCUGAUAAAAAAAGCUGUACCUCCUUCCACCGCUCAUGCUGGGGAGGUCAGUCAAGUGACUCUGUGGCAGGGCUGUGAGCCUGUCAAGAAUGAUUGUCUAGACACCACGAUGACUCCAUACCUGCAUCACAGGGCAAAAGCCUGUUCACAUCUAACCUCAUUAUCUCGCACAGUAUGUUUGACAGUUGAUGGGGUAGAUGUGGGACAUUGGAGCGGCCCCUCACAGAUGCUACACCUAAGCGCUAUCCAUCCAUCUUCACCGAAUGUUAAAUAUUACGCCCAGCAACAGCAUCACUGCCCACGACCAUACUACAUGUUCAACAAAGGCUACAGAGGGCUGCCACCUUCCCUUUCAUUGCCCCAAUGGUCUCCCUCAUUCGAGCUCACUGGGAUGGUACCAGACAUUGUUCCAACAAAGCGACUGGUGUCAGCCUUCACUGAGCAGGAUAUUUUUACAGACAAGUCUUUCCAGGUUUCAAAAUGUUGCAGUGUGCCUGAGAAUUCCUCCACCUUGAUCACUAAUAAACCCAUGACCAGUCCACAGAAUGAGGAGCAGGAAAACUCAUUUGAAGUGGGGUUGUCCAUGUUCAGAUGUUUACCACUUGGAGAGAACCAGAGAUGUGUGACCCAUGACAGUCUUCUAAGAGAAUCUGUUUCAUGCAGCAGUUUAUUUGACAAUGUGCUGAGGAGCACAGAUUUAAGAGGACAGAGACUGUACAAAGAAUCUCACAAAGACAGAAGGCUGAAAGGUGUUUUGCCGUCUUUGACAAAGCCUUCAGGCCUCACAGAGAUGGAACUUCGGUGUUCACAGAGUGACACUAUUCGUAGGCUGCAGGCCAAACACACCAAGCUGUGUCUACCUGGAGGAGAAAGCCAGAGUAUGGUUCCACAACAGGCACAGGCCGUACGACCAUCACAGUCUGCACCACUGUAAAUACUUGUUAUCUAGGCCUAAUUAUUGAUACACACUCACUGUGUUUUAAUUUACUUUAUUCACUGUGAAACAGCAAAAUGACAAUUGCAAAUCAAAUACAAAAAUAAAUACAAUUUCCCUUUUUCUGUCA